AUGGAGACUGAUCAGGAGACUGUGGACAGGUUCACGGGCCUGCUGCAAUGCCCAGAAGAAGUGGCUCGCUUCUGCCUGGAUGCCAGUGGAGGGAAUUUCGAUGCCGCUAUCAGCAUGUACUACGAUCAAGUGACGAGCCGGCCCCAACAGGGCGCUGCCCACGGUCCGGCCCCUGGAGGGACCAUGGGGCCGCCGGUGCCGCUCCUGCUGAGGCUCGUCGGCGCUGCGCUGCAGCUCCCCUUUGCUGCGCUGAGCACCGUACUGCACGCCGCCUUUGUCAUCGCACGCACAGGGUCCAGGGGGGCGGCAGCCGUCCUCCCACCCCGCCUGGUGCACGCUGUUUCCACCCGCGCCUCAGCCCUGUCCACCCGCCUGUCGGGUCCUGGCGAGGCAACCCCGGCGGCUGCGGCGGCCCGGCUCGCUCGCGAGCUACAAACAGCGUUUGGCAGCGCCAUCGACUGGCAGGCGUGUGGCUGGCAAGAGGCAGCGGGCCUUGCGGCAGCCGAGGGCCGCUUCCUCUUUGUGUACCUCCAUGCCCCACGCCACCAGGACACGCCGCGCUUUCUGUCGGACACGCUGGGCGACCCCAGCGUGACGACCUACAUCUCCCAGCAUUUCUUGGCCUGGGCGGGGAGUGUGCAGGCGCGGGAAGGACACGCGCUGGCUCACAGCCUGGGGGCCGCCCGCUUCCCCUGCACAGCCCUCCUGGCUGGCUCCGGCGCCAGGACUCAGCUGCUUGCAUGCACCGAGGGCUUCUGCAGUGCCGAUGAGCUGAUGACCACCCUCCAGGCUGCUCGUGAUCGCAGCGAGCACAUGCUCUGGCGCGAGCGCGCUCUCAGACAAGAGCGGGACCUGAGCCGGCGCCUGAGGGAGGAGCAGGAUGCAGAGUUCAAUAGCAGUCUGGAAGCUGACAGGAAGCGCCAGGCAGAUGCCGAAGCCGCGGCAGCCAGGCAGGCGGCAGAGGAGCAAAGAAAGGGGGAGGAGGCCCUAGCAGCAAGGCGCGCCGAAAGUGAGGCGGCCGCAGCGCGGGCGGCUGCAGAGGAGGAGCUCAGGAGCAGGCGAGAGGCCAAGUGCGCCGCGCUGCCGACCGAGCCCGAGUCGUCGGCGCCGCACGUCGCGACGCUGCGCAUCAGACUGCCGGACGGCGGGAUGCACCAGCGCCGCUUUCGGGAGUCGGAUGACCUGCAGGUUGUGUACGACUUUGUGGACUCGCUGGACUCAGAGGCUGUACCCCUGCGAUAUACCCUGGCCACCACAUUUCCGCGGCGCGAGUUUGGGUCGAGUGACCUGUCCCAGACCUUGCAUGAGCUGGGGCUGACGCCUCAGGCAGCCCUGCUUCUGCAACCCCUGCUAUGA